GGCCCGGACGGCGCCCUCGGAGGACGGUGCGGCCAGCCAGAGCUGUGUAGUGAGCGCGCCCCGCGCCCCGCGCCCGCAGCCCCGGAGCCCCCGCCGCCCUGAGCCCCCGCCCCGCGCCCACCAUGCCCGAGCAGCUCAGCGUCGCGGAGUUCCUGGCCGUCACCGUGGAGGACCUCAACUCCCCGGCUGGGGCCGCCGCCUUCGCCGCCAAGAUGCCCCGGUGCCGGGGGGCGGCGCUGGUGCGGGAGGAGAUGCUGGAGGGAGACCAGGCCAUCCUGCAGAGAAUAAAGAAGGCCGUGCGAGCCAUCCACAGCUCUGGUCUCGGCCACGUGGAGAACGAGGAGCACUACCGUGAGGCCGUGGAGUCCUUGGGCAACAGCCACCUGUCCCAAAACAGCCACGAGCUGUCCACCGGCUUCCUGAACUUGGCCGUGUUCACCCGCGAGGUGGCCGCGCUCUUCAAGAACCUGGUCCAGAACAUGAACAACAUUGUCUCUUUCCCGCUGGACAGUCUGUUGAAGGGGCACCUGAGGGAUGGGCGACAGGAUUCCAAGAAACACCUGGAGAAGGCAUGGAAGGACUAUGAAGCCAAAAUGGCCAGGCUGGAGAAGGACAGGGACCGGGCCAGAGGGACAGGGGGAAGCCACGGGGAGGUGGCCCAGGACACGCAGAGGGAGCGACGCCUCUUCCAGCUGCACAUGUGCGAGUAUCUGCUGAAAGCCGGGGAGAGCCAGAUGAAGCAAGGCCCCGACUUCCUGCAGAGCCUCAUCAAGUUCUUCCAUGCCCAGCACAACUUUUUCCAAGAUGGCUGGAAGGCCGCGCAGAGCCUGUCCCCCUUCAUCGAGAAGCUGGCGGCCUCGGUACACGCGCUGCGCCAAGCCCAGGAGGAGGAGCUGCAGAAGCUGACCCAGCUCCGGGACUCCCUCCGAGGGAUGCUGCAGCUGGAGAACAGAGAGGACCACAUGAGCCGGAAGAACUCGGGAGGCGGCUACAGCAUCCACCAGCACCAAGGCAACAAGCAGUUUGGGACGGAGAAGGUGGGCUUUCUGUACAAGAAGAGUGAUGGAAUCCGAAGAGUCUGGCAGAAAAGGAAGUGUGGAGUCAAGUAUGGCUGCCUGACCAUCUCACACAGCAUGAUAAACCGGCCCCCCGUGAAGCUGACCCUGCUGACCUGCCAAGUGAGGCCAAACCCCGAGGAGAAAAAGUGCUUUGACCUGGUGACCCACAACAGGACGUACCACUUCCAGGCGGAGGACGAGCAUGAGUGUGAGGCGUGGGUGUCGGUGCUGCAGAACAGCAAGGACGAAGCCCUGAGCAGUGCCUUCCAAGGGGAGCCCAGCGGCCUCCUGGGGCCCUGGGGGGGCGCCGGGCUGGACGGGGAGCUCCAGGACCUCACCAAGCUGCUCAUCGCGGAGGUGAAGAGCAGGCCCGGCAACGGCCAGUGCUGCGACUGCGGGGCUGCAGACCCCACGUGGCUCAGCACCAACCUGGGCGUGCUCACCUGCAUCCAGUGUUCCGGCGUCCACCGCGAGCUGGGCGUGCGCUUCUCGCGAAUCCAGUCCCUCACCUUGGACCUGCUGUGCCCCUCGGAGCUGCUGCUGGCCUUGAACAUCGGAAACACGCGCUUCAAUGAAGUCAUGGAGGCCCAGCUGCCCUCACACGGCGGCCCUAAACCCUCAGCGGACAGUGACAUGAGUGCCCGCAGGGACUACAUCGUGGCCAAGUACGUGGAGCACAGGUUCGCCCGGCGGUCCACGCCUGAGCCUCAGAGGCUCUGGAUGGCCAUUUGCAACCAGGACCUCCUGUCCGUGCUGGAGGCCUUCGCGAACGGGCAGGACUUCGGGCAGCUGCUGCCAGGGCCUGAGGGCCAGGCACCUGGAGAGCUCGCCCUGCACUUGGCUGUCAGAGUCGCCAACCAGGCCUCGCUGCCCCUGGUGGAUUUCAUCAUCCAGAAUGGCGGUCACCUGGAUGCCAAGGCUGCUGAUGGGAACAGUGCCCUGCACUACGCUGCUCUCUACAACCAACCUGACUGCCUCAAGCUGCUGCUGAAAGGGAGAGCUUCUGUUGGCCCAGUGAACGAGGAAGGAGAAACAGCUCUGGACAUAGCCAGGAAGAAGCAGCACAAGGAGUGUGAGGAGCUGCUGGAACAGGCCAAGGCGGGAACCCUGGCCUUCCCCCUGCAUGUGCACUACUCCUGGGGAAUCUCCGCAGAGCACGACUCUGACAGCGAGGAGGAGGAGGAAGAGAAGCACUGUCCCCUGAAGCCCCCGGCCCAGACCCACUGGGCCAGUGGGAGGAUGGACAUCAGCAACAAGACCUACGAGACUGUCACCAACCUGGGGUCAGCUGCCCCUCAGAGCCAGAGUGAGGACUGCCCCCCACCCUUACCCGUCAAAAACCCUUCUCGGACCGUGGUCCAAGGCCGUGCGGGACAUGCCAGUGGAGAUCAUUCCGAAGUCCCCAGCCUCGGCUCAGAGGCUCCUGGGGCUCCCGAGAGCCAGAACAGUCCAACGUCCUCCUCCUCUAGCCUUACAAGUCCCGUGGAACUUGGGGGUGCUAACCAAAUCCCACCCAGCUCCGAAGAGGCUCUCUUGGAGUCCCCAGGCACCUCCCGACCCAGCCUGACAUCUGGAAACACACCCCCCGUCCGAUUCAGCUCCGAGAGCACCCGUUCCUACCGGCGCGGGGCACAGAACCCGGAAGACUGUCCCUCAGCCAGGCAGCCUCCACCCAGAAGGAACAUGCCGGUUGGCUUCACUGAAGGAGAAGGCUCAAGAACUGGGGUUCUCCCAGCAAGUUCUGUGCUGCUUUUGCAAGACUAGCUCCUUGCUGGCCCUUGCAUGCCUGAACCACCCUCCUGCUGGACCCCAGCGUUCAGAGCUAGGACUUGAGGGCACAAGACUAAGGAGCUGAGGUGUUCACUUCCUUGGGUCAUGCUGUCUCUGUCUCAGUGGCCCUAUGGCUGGCCUUCAUCCCUGCCAUGGGCCCAUGCCCCUGCCAAGGAUGCUGGGCCCUUCCAUGUUAGGGCUUGGUGGUGGUUCUUUCCCCUCCAUCUCAUUGCUUCCCAGGGUGAGGGAGCCCUUUGGCUGGAUCUGAGUGCUCCCAGCUACUUCAGCUGCAGAACCCUCAGUCCCUCAUCGGACCAGGACUAUUUCUUCCGUCAUUCUGAGGCUCCACAAGAGUAGGACCAGGCUGCCUUCAUCAUUCUCCAGACCAGGGAUUCUGCCAGACUAGGGACCAUCUCCUCAUCCUUUCAUUAGUAUUUCUUCACUGAGUUCUGGCUCUUGUCUAGAUCUGUACUAGAUACUACAGAUGCCACGUGACUAAGACAAGGGUCCUGCAGAUGUGGUCCCUUGCUGGGAAGCCGGUCCCAAGGGUUGAGCUUGGGAAUGGGCCGGGGCAGAUGGUUCUGGCUUGAGGGGCAGACUGACAAUCAGCUGUGUGACUUCGCAGUUGCCUACAGCCCAUCCAUUCUGGUUGGUCAUGUCCAUGCCGUACUUUCAGUUACGUAGCCUGAUUAUCAUUCCUUUCGAGGGAUAGCACAGCCUUCUGGGGAUCCUCUACUACAUCCCCAGCCAAGAAGCAGCCUGCCCGCUCUCCUUGACUUAGCAGGAAAGGAAGGGAUGGUCCCAGAUGAUGGGUCCUCACUUC